AUGUUCAGCUGGGUGAGCAAGGACGCGCGGCGGCGCAAGGAGCCGGAGCUGUUCCGCACGGUCUCGGAGGGGCUGAAGCAGCUCUACGCCACCAAGCUGCUGCCCUUGGAGGAGUACUACCGCUUCCACGACUUCCACUCCCCCGCGCUGGAGCCGGCCGACUGGGAGAACAAGCCCAUGGUGCUGCUGGUGGGGCAGUACAGCACGGGCAAGACCACCUUCAUCCGGCACCUCAUCGAGCAGGACUUCCCGGGCAUGCGCAUCGGGCCCGAGCCCACCACCGACUCCUUCAUCGCCGUCAUGGGCGGCGAGACCGAGGGCGUUGUCCCUGGCAACGCCCUGGUGGUCGACCCGCGGCGGCCCUUCCGCAAGCUCAACUCCUUCGGCAACGCUUUUCUCAACAGGUUCAUGUGUGCCCAACUACCCAACCCUGUCCUGGAUAGCAUCAGUAUCAUUGACACACCUGGUAUCCUCUCGGGAGAGAAGCAACGCAUAAGCAGAGGCUAUGACUUUGCGGCGGUACUGGAGUGGUUUGCAGAGCGUGUGGACCGUAUUAUCCUCCUCUUCGAUGCUCACAAGCUGGACAUCUCAGAUGAGUUUUCAGAGGUGAUCAAGGCCCUGAAGAACCACGAGGACAAGAUCCGGGUGGUGCUGAACAAAGCCGACCAGAUUGAGACACAACAGCUGAUGCGGGUCUACGGUGCCCUCAUGUGGUCACUGGGGAAGAUCAUAAACACCCCAGAGGUGGUGCGGGUCUACAUUGGCUCCUUCUGGUCCCAGCCACUCCUCAUCCCUGAGAACAGGAAGCUCUUUGAAGCAGAAGAGCAGGAUCUCUUCAAAGAUAUCCAGUCCCUGCCCAGGAAUGCUGCACUCCGCAAGCUCAAUGACCUCAUCAAGAGAGCCAGGCUAGCCAAGGUCCAUGCCUACAUAAUCAGCUCUCUGAAGAAGGAGAUGCCCAAUGUCUUUGGGAAGGAGAGCAGAAAGAAGGAGCUGGUGAACAACCUGGGCGAGAUCUACUUGAAGAUUGAGCGGGAGCAUCAGAUCUCACCUGGGGACUUCCCCAAUCUGCGCAAGAUGCAGGAGCUCCUGCUGAGCCAAGACUUCAGCAAGUUCCAGCUCCUGAAGCCCAAGCUGCUGGACGCAGUGGACGACAUGCUGGCCAAUGACAUUGCCCGGCUCAUGGUGAUGGUGCGGCAGGAAGAGUCUCAGAUGCCCACCCAGGCGGUGAAGGGCGGGGCCUUUGAGGGCACUAUGAAUGGGCCCUUUGGCCAUGGCUAUGGGGAGGGGGCUGGUGAGGGCAUUGAUGACAUUGAGUGGGUGGUAGGGAAAGACAAGCCCAGCUAUGAUGAGAUCUUCUACACCCUCUCACCUGUCAAUGGCAAGAUCACGGGUGCCAGUGCCAAGAAGGAGAUGGUGAAAUCCAAGUUGCCCAACACUGUCCUGGGCAAGAUAUGGAAACUGGCUGACGUGGACAAAGAUGGAUUCUUAGAUGACGAGGAGUUUGCCCUGGCCAACCACUUGAUCAAGGUGAAGCUAGAAGGGCAUGAGCUGCCUGCAGAACUGCCCCCCCAUCUUGUGCCCCCCUCCAAACGCAGACAUGAAUGACUCCCCAGCAUCCUUUAAAUGGGGGGGGGGGAGAGAUGGGCAGCCAGAUGCCUGGAUUUCAACCUCUAACUCUGCUAAAGAUCCACAACCCCUGAGCUGGUGGACAGUUUGAAUUUUGCUUCGAAAGGCAUUGAACUUACACCUUCCUUCCAAAUGCUCCCAUCUAUGGGAGUGAUAAGACCUGAAUGAAACCCUCAUACAUGUCUUAUUGUGCACAAGAAUAUUUUUAAUAUAUUCAAGGCCACAUUUGUUCCCCUUCUGUCAUUUGGGGUGCUGCUCCAGGAGCUGCUAAUGCAACUGGUUUGUCUUCCUAAGGUGUUGAAUGAACGGCUCCUUGUGGCAGGGCAGCAUGGCUGAGCUGCAAACAUCAGUUCAAUCCCCCUGCCUGGGAGAACUGUUCACAAUGGAAUCAGCUUUACCCUUGUGCUGGGAUGGCACAAUUGUUUUCCCCAGCUGUCUGGUUUUUUCUGGGGGAGCAGGCACUGUAACUUCCCGUAGUGGUGAAGCAUUUCUAAUUCUCUUUGGAACGUGAUCCAAACACAUCAGUUCAGUUCUCAGCUGACUUCCCCCAUGUACAGAGCAGUUUUUAUGCUAAUGACCCAGGUGGCUGGUUUUAAGAUAGUUGGGUCAUUUCUCCAGGGCUUCCUGAUCUCCCCAUACAGAAAUGUUCACAAGUAAAUGAGUGUUAAUUACUCUUGGCUCUAGCUACCAAAAAUGUAGACUAGUUAAAAUUGGAGAGGGGUUCUUAAAGGAACAUGGACAGACCUCUCUUUGGUGGGGGAACCCUGGUGCUGCUUGUUGUGCCUUUCACUCCUGGACUCCUCUUACAGAAGACAGCAAGUCAUACUUGCUUUGAAUCCCUCUCAGAGCCCUCACUUCCUUUUAGACACCUCCUUUGCUGACGACUUGUCAAUUUCACAAUCCACAUCUCAGUUCUGGGAAGCCUGAAUUUCUCAAACAGGAAGAUAGUCUAUUCCAGAGGCUGCCUCUUCCUUAAAAUGCCACAGGUCUGAUACCUCACUGUCCCAAGCCUUGUCUCAUCAGUUGCUCUAGUGCAGACUAUUCCCUCUGGCUUUGCCCUAGUCUAAGUGAUGUGCAAGGUAUUGCCUAAUCUGAGCCUGUUAAUCCUCACCCUGUGUAACUGACACACUUUGCACUGCAUCACAUGGUCAUGUGUUCACUUCUAACUCUUGUCUGUCUAGAAACAUUUAUCCUGAGAAGCCUUGGAAUUAAACGCAAGGUGGGGUAAAGACAGUUACUCUGGUAGCCUGCUCCAGUCUGAUGCUAGUGACUAUCACUAAACUCAGCCUGUCUUUGUCAACCUCCAGCGCUAGAUCUGGAACUGUUAGCAAAGAACUUGUGGGGAAAGGGUGGCCAUCUUCCUGAUUCACUGCUGCACAGGCUGUGAUUGCAGUUCCUUAAGUUGCCUGAGUUUAUUGGCCUUCUCUGUCAACUUCAGGGCCCUGCCAGCAGCCCUCAAACAACUCAACUGCUUGCAAUUUUAACCAUUCUCUGUACCAACAUUGAUUGAGGACCUAGCCCAGAGACUGCAGCCUUUAGGGGCACCUACAGUUAGGUGCACUGAAUCCUUCUGGGAUUGGGCACCCAAUUUAGGCUGUUCUCAAACCUUCAAGAGGCAGAGCUUCCUGUGAAGCAGCGUUAGCACAGUGCUGGGAGAGGCCUAAAGGGUUUGCCACAGCAUCAUCCUGCUAGGCUGUGAGAUGGGGAUGGUUAAAGUGGAACACUCUAAGAGAUGUGCCUUAUUCUUGUGACUGUUGGAGUGGAGGCAACAUGGUUAGGUGGGUUUCUCUUAGUGCUUUCACAGGCAAGCAGGGAACCCUGGGCAAAGCAUUUUUAGCUAUCAGCUGCUUAACAGCCUGGCUCUGCUCGGUAUGUACUUGGUUUGUGGGCUGACUCCACUGAUGGAGAAUCAAAAGCUUUUUGGCAUCAGGUUGCCAGGGGAGGAGGAAGGGGGUCCAGUAUUUCUGGCUGAGUCCAUGUGACAGUCAAGAGACUAAAGCUCUGAUACUUCAGGUAACUGUCUAGAAUGUUCCCAGCUUCCUGGGCUUCUCCAUGUGGACUCCUGUGCCAAGGGAGUGUCAGACUUAAGGACUGCUCCAACAUCUGUUAACUAUGUAUAUUAAUUAUUUUCCUCCUGUACAAUGAAGCGGUUCUCAAUGGGGGGGGGGGGGCCUAGGGGAGGGCCUCCCCUCUUCUGAUGCACAGGCCUGGGGAAGUGCACUCUGUUUAAGCCUGUCUAAAUCUUUUUGAAACAUUAAAAUGUAUUG